GCAGGCACGACGAGAACAGUUUUGAUUUUGAUUUUACAACGUCGUUCUUGUUCCACCAGAAGAUGACUAUGAAAUAGACACAGGCAUCAAAUAGAUACCGUGAGCAUGAUUGUGAACCUUGCAUGCAAAUGCUUCACUUCUGCAGUGCUACUGCUACAGAAAGACAGAGUAACAACGUGAUGACGAUGAGCGGCCGGGAAAAAACCAUUGGCGACCUGGUCGUUGAAAUACGACGGCGAAACAAAUUUGAUCCAAACGCGCACAAACAGACGGGGAGGACGGAGACCGGUUCCAGUUGUAACGUAGGCAGUUCUGCUCUCAACAUGAGCCAGCCUUUUCCACCUACAUUUAUUGGCUCGACGGUCGAAGUUGUGCACCUCUGUGCUAACCCGUUGGUGCAGAGUGCGAUUGCAUCUGUGAACACUGCGGCGUUGAUAGGAGGACAGCCGCACGAAAAAGCACCUCACGGGGAACAAAAGGAUGAAGUGUCUUCACAAGGAGCAACCACAAGCAGCAGCAACAAGAAACUAGGCUCGCCGUCUCAUCUUGACGUGGUUCCGUUGCCACAACUGGAGGAAAACAAAGAAAGAAGGCAGUUGGCGGAGCUGUUCCGCUAUUCCCUGAAAAUUAACCAUGAUCCCCGUCCACUUUUCGCAUGACAGGCACAGACUCUGCUUACAUGUUGUUUUGCGUGACAAAUUGGAUGGGGGUUGCUAAUUUUCAGAGAAUAUCCCAAACGCGCAAACGUGCACCGAGAGCCAUUUCGAUCGGCUGACAGAGGAAACGCUGGAGACGCAGGUGGUAACGAAGAAGAGCUCAACAUCUCGCGGCACCGGAGAGGGCGUGGGUCGCAAAAAUAAAACGAACGCGCAAGAAGAUAUUGAUUUCAUUUGGUGUGAAGGGGGCAGCACUUCUCCUACUUCCGCCAGUUUCAUCAACGCGCAUGAUCAACUAUCCGCACCACGACACGACAAUGCUCGUACAACAGGAGCACACCGAGCUCCGAUCUCUGCGUAUGGGCAGGGGAACAGCGUCGGGUUGGAAAUCGUCAUCCUGUCCUGUCACGCGACAUCGAAGGGCGAGCUGCUUCUAGAAGGUCCUAGGGGGCCGGCUGUUGAUGUGGCUGUUCCCUUCCGCGUGACCAUGCAAAGCUUGCAGAAACUUGUCAGCAACCACAAGCAGAUGGAACCAUGCAGCAGUUCUGGUGAGCGUGAGCAAAAACCUGUAGAAGCCCCAGCGGGUGGAGGUCUGAAGCACCAGGAUGAUCUUCAUGUGGUGAAACAAGGUUUUGGAGGUCGUUCUCCCAGUUCAUCUUCGCCGCGUCUCCUCAUUCUGCCAGCGUGUCAGUCCCGACUCAUCGGCGAGCACUUUCUUUCCUGUUUCGACUUUGUAGUCUGUAUCGAACAGGACAAAAGCGUGACCGACGAUGCGGCGCUGUUCUUCACUGUUGCCUUCCUAGGAGCCGCGCUAAAUGUGGACGAGCAGGAUGCGUCGUACCUUAA